AUCAAGAUUCUUUUCACUCAAGUCAGCAAUUCAAACAUGAUAAUAACUCCAACGUUUGUUUUUUAUCUGGCAUGUUUGUUCUUGGGGAAAAUGGCUCAGAUGACUAAUCUGUCCUCAUCAGUUCGUCAAGAGAGUGGUUUUGUAUCAGCUAAUGUUGGUGACAGCGUAACUUUGCGAUGUUUCUAUGAAGAUGACAUAGAAGACGUAAUAUUUUAUUGGUAUAAGCAAACUCUGGGACAGAAACCAAGACUCAUCUCUACCAAUGACAUGUCUAAAAAAAAGGCUUUUUUUUAUGAUGAAUUCAAGAACAAUCCACGCUUCACAUUGGAUAUUGAAAAAGGUAAAAAUCACCUGAAGAUCUCAGAUUUACACAUUUCAGACUCAGCUACAUACUACUGUGCAAGUAGCUUUUCAGUCAAAUUUGAAGUUGAGGGGACUAUUGUCAGUGUAAAGGGUUCAGGUUUGAACAUCCAAGCUUCGGUCCAUCAGUCAGCAUCUGAGACCAUCCAGCCAGGAGGCUCUGUGACUCUGAACUGUACAGUACACACUGGGACCUGUGAUGGAGAACACAGUGUUUACUGGUUCAGAAACUCUGAAGAAUCUCAUCCAGGACUCAUAUACACCCAUGGAGGCAAGAAUGAUCAGUGUGAGAGGAAACCCAACACACAAACAUACACCUGUUUCUACAACUUGCCAUUGAAGAGCCUGAAUCUUUCUCAUGCUGGGACCUACUACUGUGCUGUUGCCUCAUGUGGACACAUACUGUUUGGAAACGGGACCAAGCUGGACAUUAAGUAUGAGAAAGACUCUCUUGUCUUGGUGUAUUUCUUGAUUGGCGCUUUGACAUUCACCACCAUCCUGAGUGUUUUACUGGCUUUCUCACUGUACAUUAUGAGUAAGAGAAACAGCGGCCAAUGUAGAGAAUCUUGCGUGAGAUUUUCAGCUUCCUCCGCAACAAAUGCAGAGGAUUACAAAAAUGAGGAUAAUCUCCAUUACGCUGCUGUAAGGGUGAACAAGGCCAGCAGAUCAAGAAGACAGAGGGACGACACAGAAGAUGAAUGUGUUUACUCCCGUGUAAAGCAAUAAAGCUGGACAUAUUCCAUCUUUGUCUCUGUGUAACAGGACAUGAGCCCAUUACUGUCUUUUAAAGUGUAAUUUGUAAUUUGUCUUUUUCAAAAGCAGGAACCAUUUUUUCAACAUUAUUCACAAAUUCAAUGAUGCUGUGUGACGAGCUACUGGGACAUAUUGAGCAAGAAUGUGUGUGUAUAAUUGUGUUUGCACGCACAGACCAUAAAUGCUAUCUACUAGGGUGGUGAGGACAACAUAAACUGACCAGCCAGGAUGGUUUAUUCAUGAAUAUUAUGUUAAUUUUCUGCUUGUAUGUCUGUUAAGCACAUUGUAAACUUAUUUUUGAAAAGUGUUAUAUCACUGAAGGUUCUUCAAAAUAAGACGGUGUAGUCCCUCAUUCGUCCAGAGUGUUCUAUCGUAGAAAAG